CUCUAACAAGCUUGCCAUCCAACAAAAUCCCAAACACAAAUCCAGAAAAUGAAGAUUUGGGUCUUCUCAGUUUUCUCUCUAUUACUGUCCCGUUUCCUAGGAGUCUCAGCUGAGCAAUGUGGAAGGCAGGCUGGGGGUGCCCUUUGUCCGGGAGGUCAAUGUUGUAGCCAAUUUGGUUGGUGUGGCAACACUGAUGCUUACUGCGGUAGCGGCUGUCAAAGCCAAUGUGGUGGUAGUGGCGGUGGAGGAGACCUUACUAGUAUCAUCUCAAGAGAAAAGUUCAACGAGAUGCUCAAACAUAGAAAUGAUGGCGGAUGCCCGGCAAAGGGAUUUUACACUUACGAUGCUUUCAUCUCAGCCGCCAAGGCCUUCCCUGGCUUUGGCACUACUGGUGAUGUUGCCACUCGUAAAAGGGAGAUUGCUGCUUUCUUCGGCCAGACCUCUCAUGAAACUACUGGAGGAUGGCAAACUGCACCUGAUGGCCCAUACGCUUGGGGAUAUUGUUACGUGAGGGAACAAAAUCCAGGAUCUUACUGUGCUCCAAGCUCCACAUAUCCAUGUGCUAGUGGCAAGCAAUAUUACGGCCGAGGUCCUAUGCAACUUUCAUGGAACUACAACUACGGGCAAUGUGGAAGAGCCAUAGGGGUGGAUCUAUUAAACAAUCCUGACCUUGUUGCAACUGAUCCAGUAAUCUCCUUCAAGACAGCAAUUUGGUUUUGGAUGACACCACAGUCUCCAAAGCCCUCAUGCCACAAUGUCAUCACGGGAAGAUGGUCACCUUCUGGUGCUGAUUCGGCAGCUGGCCGGGUUCCAGGCUAUGGUGUGUUAACAAACAUCAUCAAUGGCGGGCUUGAAUGCGGUAAGGGGUGGAAGCAACAAGUGGAGGAUCGUAUUGGGUUCUACAAGAGGUACUGUGAUAUCCUCGGAGUUGGCUAUGGAAGUAAUCUUGACUGCUACAACCAAAGACCAUUUGGAAAUGGACUUCUGGACUUGGUUGACACCAUGUGAUUUGGCGACAUAAUUUCUGUACGAUGAAAUUAAAAAUAAAUAAACAAGAAGUUGCCUGUUCUGAAUAAAAACAA